GCUCUCUUCUUUUGGAGUCCAAAAUUAACCCGAACACUGCGUACCAGAAGCAACAGGAUACCUUGAUUGUGUGGUCUGAAGCUGAAAAUUAUGAUUUGGCACUUAGCUUUCAAGAAAAAGCAGGAUGUGAUGAAAUAUGGGAAAAAAUAUGUCAGGUUCAAGGCAAAGACCCUUCUGUCGAUAUUACUCAGGACCUUGUUGAUGAAUCUGAGGAAGAACGUUUUGAUGAUAUGUCAUCACCAGGUCUAGAAUUGCCAUCCUGUGAAUUAAGUCGACUAGAAGAAAUUGCAGAACUUGUGGCAUCUUCACUGCCUUCACCAUUACGUCGUGAAAAACUCGCACUAGCACUGGAAAAUGAGGGCUAUAUUAAGAAGCUCUUAGAAAUUUUUCAUGUGUGCGAAGACUUGGAAAACAUUGAAGGACUACACCACUUAUAUGAAAUUAUCAAGGGAAUUUUCCUUUUGAACAGAACUGCACUUUUUGAAGUCAUGUUUUCUGAGGAAUGUAUAAUGGACGUAAUUGGAUGCCUAGAGUAUGAUCCAUCUUUAUCACAGUCUCGGAAACACAGGGAAUUUCUGACUAAAACGGCAAAAUUUAAAGAGGUGAUUCCUAUAUCUGAUCCAGAGCUGAAGCAAAAAAUACAUCAGACAUACAGAGUACAGUAUAUUCAAGAUAUGGUCCUACCCACUCCCUCAGUUUUUGAGGAGAAUAUGCUAUCAACACUUCAUUCUUUCAUCUUUUUUAAUAAAGUGGAAAUAGUUGGUAUGUUACAGGAAGAUGAAAAAUUUCUGACAGACUUGUUUGCACAACUAACAGAUGAAGCCACAGAUGAGGAGAAAAGACAGGAAUUGGUAAAUUUUCUGAAAGAGUUUUGUGCAUUCUCUCAAACACUGCAACCUCAAAACAGAGAUGCAUUUUUCAAAACCUUGUCAAAUAUGGGCAUACUGCCAGCACUAGAAGUCAUACUGGGUAUGGAUGAUGCACAAGUACGAAGUGCAGCCACUGAUAUAUUCUCAUAUUUGGUUGAAUAUAACCCUUCUAUGGUACGAGAGUUUGUCAUGCAGGAAGCGCAGCAGAAUGAUGAUGAUAUAUUACUCAUUAACCUCAUUAUAGAACACAUGAUUUGUGACACAGAUCCAGAACUUGGAGGGGCAGUGCUACUCAUGGGUUUGCUUCGUACUUUAGUUGAUCCAGAAAAUAUGCUUGCCACUGCCAAUAAAACAGAAAAGACAGAGUUCUUGGGUUUCUUCUACAAACAUUGUAUGCAUGUUCUGACAGCCCCUUUAUUGGCCAAUACCACAGAGGACAAGCCUAGCAAAGACGAUUUUCAGACAGCCCAGCUCUUGGCAUUAAUACUGGAAUUGCUAACUUUCUGCGUAGAACAUCAUACUUAUCACAUAAAGAACUACAUCAUUAACAAGGAUAUCCUGCGAAGGGUGCUCGUUCUCAUGGCCUCAAAGCAUGCUUUCUUGGCAUUGUGUGCCCUUCGUUUCAAGAGAAAGAUAAUUGGACUAAAGGAUGAAUUCUACAACCGUUACAUAAUGAAAAGUUUUUUGUUUGAACCUGUGGUCAAAGCAUUUCUAAAUAAUGGUUCCCGUUAUAAUCUGAUGAACUCUGCUAUAAUAGAGAUGUUUGAAUUUAUCAGAGUGGAAGAUAUAAAAUCGCUAACAGCUCAUGUAAUUGAAAAUUACUGGAAGGCGCUAGAAGAUGUAGAUUAUGUGCAAACAUUCAAAGGACUAAAACUACGAUUUGAGCAACAAAGGGAAAGACAAGAUAAUCCAAAACUUGACAGCAUGCGCUCCAUUUUGAGAAACCAUAGAUACAGAAGGGAUGCAAGAACCCUGGAGGAUGAAGAGGAAAUGUGGUUUAAUACCGAUGAAGACGAUAUGGAAGAUGGAGAGGCAGUGGUGCCCCCUUCUGACAAAACUAAAAAUGAUGAAGAUAUUAUGGACCCUAUCAGUAAAUUCAUGGAAAGGAAAAAAUUAAAAGAGAGUGAAGAAAAGGAAGUUCUUCUGAAAACUAACCUUUCAGGUCGUCAGAGCCCAAGUUUCAAGCUUUCCUUCUCCAGUGGUACAAAAUCUAACCUUACCAGCCAGUCAUCUGCUAGUAAUCUGCCUGGAUCCCCGGGGUCUCCCGGAUCCCCAGGGUCCCCGGGAUCUCCAGGAUCGGUUUCUAAAAGCACAUCUCAGAUGGCAGCUAUUACAACUAAGGGAGGCCUUGUUGGGCUUGUAGAUUAUCCUGAUGAUGAUGAAGAGGAUGAUGAAGAUGAAGAUAAAGAGGAAACUUUACCUUUGUCAAAGAAAGCAAAACUUGAGUCAUCAUAAUGGCAACUGCUGAAGAACAUCACCAGUUGGGGGAAGGAUAUUUUUUCCAAAAACAAACCCACAGCAAAGCAGCAAUCUUUCGUGAAUUACUGUGUGUGACACAGAUCAACCUAUACAAACGGAUUUCUGCCAAUCAAGUGCCAAUUCAAAGGAGCAGAAGGAGGGGAAAUACUUUGUUUAGGGGAAAGACUUAUGCCUUUGAGCUCUCCAGCUUGGACCACAUGUUGCCCUUUUCUCAGGGAAGGAAAUGGAAAACAAACAACAAACAAAACAAAAACAAACAAAAAGCAAAACAAAACAAAAAGCCAACAGGGCAGGAGUUUUGUUAGUGGAACUCUGGAUUGGCUGGUCAGUUGCUACAAUCAGAAUAUGCUUUCUUGGACCAUGUAUGAGACUUCUGAAGAAAAGGCGGGUUUUGCCAUAAUUCUUCACUAGUUAAGAAUGCCAGCAGUUUCUUUGUGUAAAAGAGACCUGCCUUUGAAAUCAUACAUUCUGAACGUUUUAGUCAAGCUACAACAGGUUUUAAAAACCUCUACGGGGGAGGGCCGAAUAUAAAGUUUCCUCUUUUUUUUUUUUUUUUUUUUUUUAAAUCUGUUCCCUUUGCCCUUUAAACUGCAGAAUUUUUUUUGGAGGUGGGGGAUUUGUUUGUCCCUUCUUGAUUAAAGAUUGAGUGGAAUUC